CGUCACACCUGUCCUUGUCCUUGUUCUAUAUGUAUUCAAUUUUGAGAGAAAGGUCUUACAUUUUAAUUUUAAUAAACAUUUUACAUUUACUUUAUACGAAAUUUGAAAUGAAACAAUCGGGAAAUUCAACAUGAAUGCAGAAAUCGAAGAAAAUAUCCGCAACAAAGUUCCUUGGUCACAACUUCCUUCACAUAUCAAGCAGAUACUAAGCAAUUCGUCCAAGGAAUAUGAUCGAUGUGUGGUUAAUUUUAGCAUAAAGAAUCAGUUGCGAUAUCGCGGAAACUUAGUGAGAUAUAUUUUCAGAGAUGAGAAAAGAUACUAUGAAAGAAUUGUGUCUUACAGCAGAGAGCGUCUUAUGCUUUUUCCUUAUCACUUAGCUGAUAUGAUCGUGAAGGGUUUAAGAAUUACACCUUUUAAUUACUAUAUAUCAGUAGUGGAAAAGCUUAUGCAAGCCGAAAAAAGUUAUGAUACAUUGCCAAAUUUUACUGCAGCAGACUGCCUGAGAUUAUUGGGUAUAGGUAGAAAUGAGUAUAUUGACUUAAUGAAUAAAAGCAGAUCCAAUAAAGGGAGAUUGUUUGGAAGGAAGAAUGUUAGGGGUCUCUUGCCUACUGUUCCUUGUGAUAUUUAUAUGCAACCAUGGUGGAGAGUAGAGGUUGGGCUUGUUUUAGAAGAAGAUGUAAAGAUGGUUAAUGACGAGGAAUUACACAUUAUUGACAAAUUAAUAGACCUAGGAUCUCAAAAUGCUGGAGAUUUACCAUAUUACAUAGUACUGAGUUUAUACAAAAAAGGCUUGAUAUAUUUAGAUGUACCCAUCACAGCCGCAGAUAUGGUGCAAGUACCCCCAUUGCAAGGUUUUGUGAUGAAUAGGAUCUUGGGAGACUAUUUCGAAACCCUACUUUAUAAGAUAUUUGUGUCAAUAGAUGAGCAUACUACAGUAGGGGAGCUUGCUGCUGUAUUACAAGUUGACACAGAGUUAGUGAAACAAGCUGUAUCUUUAUACUGUCGACUGAAGUUUGCCCACAAGUUAAAUCUGGACCCAGAACAGGAAAAACAGUGGCAUUCUACAUGGUUAAACAUUCCAACGCAAGACUCCAAUAACAUGGACAUCACUCCCCUAACUUUAAGCCUCAGUAAAGACUCUGCGUUAAACACUUCUUCAGACUUCCAAUCCCCACAAUCGGAUCUUCCUGAGAGUCCCGCGAGCAGUAGCCUGCCCAGGCGUGGUCAGAGGGUUGCUUUCUUGUUCGAUUCCACUCUGACAGCGUAUCUGAUGAUGGGAAACCUGUCACCGGGAUUGAAGAAACAUGCAGUGACCAUGUUUGAAGUGGGAAAACUUUGCGAUGAGAGUUUGGAUAGCUUUUUAGCUGAAUUGGAGAAGGUCUCCGUUUUAGAUGCUGAAGGGGAAGGGGAAGCCCGAAGAUUCUUCGACCAUGCUGUAAUUUUAAGGUCUACCGUAAUGGCUUUAAGAAAACUUCCUAGUCCAGGUUUAGAUUUAGUUAGGUUAGAAAGUCUGCAUUCUUUAGACGAAGCGACGUGUUUAAGACUGUUGCAGAAAAAAUAUAAGUUAUUGGUAUCAAUGGCCCCCCUCAGCAGAGAGGUCAGGCCAGUAACAAGUCUACUACCUCCUCAUUUGGGACCAGCUGUACCUGAAGUUAACACCUUAUGGUUCAAAUUAUUUUUAUACCAUCUCACUGGAUACGGACCACCGUCUUUACUUCUUACAAAGGGAACAACUCUAAAUCAACUACCACGCAUGUUUCUCGGCUUUUCCCGUCUACUGAUCCACUCGUGGCUUCACGAGCCAGCCGUCAUCCCCAUAGCCAACAUCCUCUACGUCAACGCCACUCUCCAAUUCAGCCCUGUCCUGAUCCAAGCCUACGGAGUGCAUCAACCGGCCCAAACACACAUAAUAUCCUUCCCGUUCCAGCCUCUGACCCCCAUCAAAUCGAACGAGAAGAAAAUCAAAGAGCGACCCACGGAUUUGGCGUUCAGGCAACACAAGGCGGUCAAGUAUUUGCAGGAAGUGGUCGAUCUGGACCACAAUUGUGGAUAUCUGACCUUCGCCAAUAUCGGCGUUCUCGAUUUUGGUUGUCCGAAUAGGGAGAAGCAAGUUAGACUGGGUAGGAACAACCGAACUGCUGGAUCAGGAUUCUCCAAAUUGUCCCGGAUAAAAACCGAGAACAAUAACCAACUGAACCAACCGUUAUCGAUAUCGAACGAGAAUUUCGCAUUCAAUACCGAAAAACCUCAAGAGAAACCCGAAAAAGAAACGAAACUCCAAUCACCGGUCGAAAGCCACUUUGCUGUCACGCCAGUCUCAAACACGAGUCAAUCGUCGUCACCUGCAAACGGUUUCACCAGCCAAGAAGGCUCGAAUCUGCUGCAAGAAGAACUGGACCAAUUGGUGGUCAGCCAGGAGGGCACCAACAAGGAGAACAUUACGCUCGAGUUGAGUUUGAAGAAUAGUCUAUCGAUUGAUGGACUUACUAGUCCCAACGAAGAGAAUAUCAGUAUGUUUAGUAGGGAUAAUAAGGAAGAGAAUGUUAAGAGUGAGAGCGACUGUGAGCAGAAGAAAGACGACAGCGGAGAGGAACAAAAUAUUGCCGAGGCUUGGACAUUACUGGAUUGUCAUUUUGGGAUUCCCCUCUUUGACGUUAACGCCAACACCAAAAUCUGUGAUAAUAUAGUUUAUGGAGGCCUAGCUGAACCUAGCAGUCUUGAACAUUUGGUCGAGUCUAGUCGAAAAUUGGGAUCAGCUUUGUUAGAUUUUAUCUCACAAUGUCAGUAUUAUCCCGGUGAAAACAUGGAAAUAUUGAAACGAGGUCGUCUGGUGCCCCUUCCAAGGCACAACUUGGCCUUCGAUAAUGGUAGAGUGAGCGAAUGGUUGGGAAAAUGAAGAAUAUAACGAAAAUUUCACGUGUUAGUACCGGCAAUACGUAGUUUAUAAGGCAGGCGCUAUUAUCUUCAUUUUUAUUUAAAACAAUUUGUUGUACAUAACCUGUACAGAGUUGAACGUACAGUGUGAGCUAAAAACAUUAAAAUGUUCAUUAAGUGAAGAAAAGUAUCAGAAUGUAAUGUCUGGACAUUUGGUUAAAAUAAAUUAGAAAAACUUGGAAUUAAAAAAAACUUUACAUUUAGCCCUAUUUUAACUGUUUUUCUUGCCGCUAGUCCUUUUGGAAUCCAGUCUGCACACUUUCUGGAGUAGUUUUAGUACUUUUGCUUCUUUUUCAGUCGAUGUGAUAUAUUUUGUUUUGUCUCCCUCUCUCUUCAGUUCAAACUCUUUUACGAAACUCAAUACAUCUCCGCAUUAUGCGUUUCUUAUCUCUACAACUAACAUGCCCCGCCCAUUUUAACGUUGCCUCGUUUUGGGGCCACUAAAACCACCUUUACACGGUCAAUAUUAUGGAAGCAAUAUCGAUAUUGAUCAAUAUAUUGAACGUAAGAAUAAAAAAUACAUUGAAACAAUAAUAUCGUUGAAAAAAUAUUGCAUCAAUAAUAAGGCAUCAAUAAUAUUGACCGUGUAAAGGUGGCUUAAGAGCCAUAUGUGACUUGUCACGUCACUCAUAAAUAGGGCUUUUCAUUCAGUCAUUUGUUUCGAGCUUCUGUCAUAUGUUGUAUAAUCUGUGUAUAAUAUUAAUAUAUACGGAUUAUACCACAUACGACAGAAGCUCGAAACAAAUGACUGUGAAUGAAAAACCCUAUUGAAACAUCUUUUUACGAUUUACAUUUCGUUGUUUUGUACACUUUCGCUCUCGUUUCGUAUGAUUCGUGAUGUUAAGCCAAUUUUAUUCUAUGUCUUGAGCUUUAAUGGCAUUUUCCAUCUUUUUGGUUUUUGACAAUGAUUUUUCAAAGUUUACAUUUUGUUUGGAUUUGUGGGUUCAUAUUCAAACGAACUUAAAGUAAUUUUUAAGUAAAAAAUUAUUGAAAAUAUGAAACUAUUUUCAAACUUGAAAUAUUAAAAGGUUCUUAGAUUAUAUCCUAAUGAUGACAUUUUUAAAUAACAUGAAGUUGUCCUUAGAUGAAACUUAAUCUCAUUUUGAAAAAUUUCGUAACUUUAAAUCUUCACAGAAUUUAUUUAUGUUUAUAUUCGACAAAAUUCGCAUUUGAACCGAUUUUUAGUCCACACUGUACGAUAUAUACCAAAGUAUUAUAGAUUUUAACAUUCCUUCAUGCCACGGAUAGUGCAUUUACUGAAAAAUGUGUUAUACUUACAUAUAUACAUAUAAAAUAUUUUAUCCCAAUCAACAAAAGUUCAAAUUCAAAUGUUUUAGAACAUUUUUACCGAAAUUUUAACCUAUUGUUUAAAAUGUUUUCCAUAAAUUUUAUAGUUGGUGUGCAAAUAGACCUUGUGUACAAUCCUAAGUGCCAUAUGAGAAAUUAUUUUUUUCAGUGUCACAAUAUUAAUAGGAAUAAUAUUUUUGAGUAGCUUUUGUCACGUCCAAAGCGAAAAUAUGUAUACUAGGUGUUUUUUGUUUGUUAAAACUAACAAAUAUAUCGAUUCUAUUGGUUACUCAAUGCUUUCGAAUUCGCACAACAUAUGUUUAGCUGUAAAGAAUGACACCUGUAGAUGCGUUCUUCAAAUAAGGUAUUACUGAGGCUAUAAAAUGGUGUUUACGAUCUUUUGAAAUGUUAAAGAUCCUAAUCAUGACACUUUUAACCAACAUGAAGUUGGCAAGAAGUAAAAGUUAACCUCACAAGUGAUCCAACAAUCAUAGAGGUAUAUAUUAACAUAGAGUGAGCCUACCCUCCGUGCUUCCUGACUGACGACAAGAUCUUAUGGACUGGUUUGCGGUAUCUCUUUCUAGCACAUUGUAUCGAGAAACUAAGAUGACAUUAAGUGUGAGUAUAGGCACGGAAGGGAAGGACAACUGUCGCAUCUUUACUAUGCGUAAGAGUCAAACAUCACUAAUCCAAAUAAAAAAGAUAGUCUCGUCACUUCGGUCUGAUUGACACUCUGUCUAUGAUAAUAUAUACUACUACUACUACAUUGUUUGAUUUGCUUGUCUUGAUAAUGUUAAGAAGAAAUGCGUACAAUGUGCUUCCCCGUUUAGGAUUUUGUCCUCUUCAGGGUUUGUGGUGAAUGUUUAGUGUUGGCAGCAAAAGCAAACAGUCCGAAAAACACACUGGGGCAAGCGCCGUGUCCUGGUGUUCUUGGAUCCUUGGUUAUGCCGGACGGUGGUGUCCAGAAGGCUAAGAAGUCAACAGAGAAGAAAGUUUGAUGGAUUGUUGUUGGUUCCAUAGACAUUUACGUGUACUGUCCGUGCUUUGCUCUCGACCAAUCUCCCUAGAAACCAUUGUACAACGACAGGCGAACCUGCGUCCCUCGUCGGCGGUCAGGAGGUGGCUUUGAGCGCAGCGUGGACAGUGAGCGUUCGAGUGGAGAAAAUAGUUGCGGCUAUUUUCUUGGGACGAACAGGUAUAAUUGUGCAAUGAAGUUGGGAAACCGCAAAAAACCAACUUCUCCCUGUUCGGGGUAGGGAAGAGGAGAUGUUAGAGGUGGGUACGGAAGG